AUGCCUCCUCAGAACAGAGAGGCUGACGCUAUGCAGGUCGCAUCUCUGGUUGGCGGUGUCAACGCCAAAACCUCCUCUGCAUCGGGAAUUGAAGAGGAUAAAGGAGGAGCAGGAGGCAAGGCGGAUGGAUCGGGAGGAGGCGGGGAGGAGGUGGCGAGCGAAGAAUCGAUAGAAGGCAUCCCCAUGAAAAGAUGGUUGAUGCACGGGGCUGUGAUGUUCGGCCGGGAGUUCUGCUACGCCAUGGAGACGGCGCUGGUGACGCCCGUGCUGCUGCAGAUUGGUCUUCCAGAGCAGUACUACAGCCUGACGUGGUUCCUCAGUCCCGUCCUCGGCCUCAUGUUCACCCCCCUGAUCGGCUCGGCCAGCGACCGCUGCACUCUGCGAUGGGGCCGGAGGAGACCCUUCAUCCUGGCUCUCUGUAUCGGCACGCUGAUCGGAGUGGCUCUGUUUCUGAAUGGAUCGCUGAUAGGUCUGUCACUAGGUGACGAGCAGGGAAAACAACCGAUCGGCAUCGUUCUCACCGUGCUGGGAGUGGUGGUGCUGGACUUCUGUGCAGACGCCACGGAGGGACCAAUCAGGGCGUAUUUGCUAGAUGUGGCAGACACAGACGAGCAGGACAUGGCGCUCAACAUCCACGCUGCCUCAGCAGGUCUUGGCGGAGCAGUCGGCUACGCUCUCGGAGGCUUGGACUGGACGCACACCUUCCUCGGAUCAAUCUUCAAGUCUCAAGAGCAGAUCCUGUUCGUCUUCGCCGCCAUCCUCUUCUCCAUCUCUGUGGUGUUGCAUCUCUUCAGCAUCGAGGAGCAGCAGUACUCCCCCCAUCACGACAGGCUGGAUCAGGAGAGCCCAGAUCCCAACAACAAGCGACUCUCAGCCAAUGGCAAGGCAGGAAUUAUUGGUUCCAAGUUGGAAAUGAUAGGAGAGGAUGAAACGAUGGACAGCUACGACCUUUACGACCCCUAUGAAGAUGACAUGUCGGAUCGGGGAGAUAUGGACAUGGACUUUUUAGAGGUGGAGCUUGUUAGAAGUAAAAGUGACAGUGUUCUCGCCAUGGGCGACGGCGACCACCUGGACCAUGAUGCAAUGUGGUUGUGCCACCUAGAGCCGUCCAUCUUCACCGACCGCCUCUCGCCCUAUCAAGGCUCGCCACCUACCAACUCCACCUUAUUCAACGCCAAUCACAGCACUCCCCCUCCGCAGUGUACCAACAUCAGACGCAGCAGCAGCGCAGGAAGCCAGGACCUGCUCCGGCCCCAAAACAACAACCACCAAACAAACGCUCUCACACCCAGGAUUUCCCGCCUCUCGGCUUUCUUGCAAGAAAUGGAGAACGACGACGGACAGGAGGCGCUGCUCAACAACCAGCUCAAUGAGCAGCGGACGCUGAACGGCCGGCUGUUAGCCAGUGUAAACAAUGAUGAAAGAUAUCACACCAACAGAAUGAGCUCUAAAGGGCAGGCCCACCGUGCUGGAAUGGUCAAAGCCGCCAGUACUGGAGCUCCCAUGAGGCAAUUGCAUAACCGCCAUAUCUUCUACCGCCAGCCGUCCUGCACCUUCUCCUACUACGGCCGAGUAGGGAGCCACCGUUACCGCUACCGUCGGGCCAACGCCGCUUUUCUCAUCAAGCCGUCGUCACGCAGCAUGAACGACCUCUGCGAGGUGGAGACCAGACACAGGAGGAGGAGCAGACAGAGGAACAGACACAGAAGCGGAAACACCAACUCCUCCAGCGGCGACACAGAGAGCGAAGAGGGCGAGGUUGAGACCACCGUGCGACUGCUGUGGCUCUCCAUGCUGAAGAUGCCUCCGGAGCUGCUGCGACUCUGCGCCUGUCACCUGCUCACCUGGUUCUCCAUCAUCGCCGAGGCCGUCUUCUUCACCGACUUCAUGGGACAAGUCAUCUACCACGGAGAUCCCACCGCUCCUGCCAACUCUACUCUGCUGGUAAACUAUCACAGAGGAGUUCAGAUGGGAUGUUGGGGACUCGUUAUAUACGCCAUGACUGCUGCCACCUGCUCAGCUCUCCUUCAGAAAUACCUUGACAACUUUGACCUGAGCAUUAAGGUCAUCUACAUCCUGGGGACACUUGCAUUUUCCUUAGGAACUGCAGUGAUGGCAAUCUUCCCUAAUGUGUAUGUCUCCAUGGUGAUGAUCAGUACCAUGGGCAUCAUCUCCAUGAGUAUCUCCUACUGUCCGUAUGCUCUGUUAGGGCAGUAUCACGAAAUGAAAGAGUACAUCGAGCACAGUCCUGGAAACUCCCGGAGAGGCUUUGGCAUUGACUGUGCUAUCUUAUCGUGCCAGGUUUACAUCAGUCAGAUCAUGGUGGCCUCUGGCCUCGGUGCUGUGGUGGAAGCUACUGGCAGCGUCCGUGUUAUUCCCCUGAUGGCCUCUGGGGGCUCCCUCCUCGGCUUCUUCACUGCGUGCUUUUUGGUCAUUUACCCGUCGCCAAACAGCGGGGAGGGGGACUCGGCCAAAGCUACAGAAAAAAGGGCCUUGACUAAGCUGGAAAAUCCCAAAAGCACUGUCGUAGCCGUGGUGAAAGAGAAACCCAGCUUCCUGAAACUCAAUAAGGAGGGGAAGGCCACGACCACCACCUCUUCCUGUCAUACGGAAAACGAGUCUGCCCUGUGAUUGGCUGGCUAAAUUCAAC